AUGAGUUCCAACUUAAUUGAAGAAGUCAAACAAGAGAUUGAGACCAACUCAGCAAUAGCUACUCAUCAUGAACAAGCACAAACACAAAAGCAGCCACAAGAAAUUGAUUAUUCACCCACAACUAGUAAAGAUGAGCAGGAAAAUCUUUUAAGACGCACAAACUUUGGCAUCUUAUUCCUUGAAGCUCUAGCCAAAGAAAUUAUCAAGCCAAUAGCAGAGAUUCAAAUACAGAACAUUUUCAAGAUUGAUGAAGCUGGUCCAGUCAAAAUAAACCAAAUUACAGUCUGGCUCCUUUGCCAAAGUAUCAAUGUCAAGAAUGUUUUGACCCCAGACUAUAAACAUAUUAUUCCUCACCUUUAUAAGUUGGUGCUAAUCUUACCAUCUUUGGUUUUAGUUGAGGUGAAUCAUUUGGAAGCGCCAUCAGAGGACCCAGCAGUCGAAAUCCCGACAAGCAUAUCUGAGAAAUCAACUGCAGCUUCAAUGCCAAGAUCUAGAUCAACAUCAAGCAAUUCUAAGAAAAUGAGAGAAUUAAAAUCAAUUUUCCCUUACGCUCAAGAUAUUCCUAAAAGUUUUUUCAACAAAAAAUUACAACAAAUGGAGCAUUACCUAAAUGCAGCCAUGAAAAAGAUAGACCCAUUCACAAUAUUAGUAUACAUUCAUGAAUCGUUAAGCGGGCUUUCCAAUACUUCAUUCGGAUUCAAGAAUAAUAUUAAAUCAAGCACCCCAGAAACUAAAAUUGCUGAUAUUUUCAAACAACAAUUCGUUGAUCCCGUUAUUUCUAUUUUUGAAGUUGUGCUCAUUCAAAAUAAAAAACAUAUAAAAGCGGAAAGAGAAAGACACUUUUCAACAUUUUACACAAUCCCGUCUUCAGAUAACUCUUCUGAAGCCCUGGAUGUUUCAGAGCAUCUAUUUCCUGAUUUAGUUAUAACUAGUGCAUUUGAAAGUGGAAAAGAUACAAUAGAGCAUAUAUUAGAAUUUAAGAGACCCUCUUUAUUCAUUUAUCCAAGAUCAGGAAAACUUGUUGAAUUCGAAAGAGACAUCAAGUUAGGUGCAGUCUUGAAACAAUUGAUUUAUUAUUGUUACUCGUUAAAUAUUGAUAGCUUCUCUGUGACUGAUGGGUUCGGUUUCUUAUUUAGCAUUUUAGACGAGGGCACGUAUGAUAAAUCUCAGUCAAUUGGUGAACAAAAACCACAACCAAAAACCUCUGAAGAUUAUGUUCAUCAGAAUAUAUUGAGGUACAUCACCUUCAAUGGUUUAGAUACAGAAACUUAUAAACCUUUAUUCCAAGAAAAUGACCUCCAAACUAGAAUGCUAAUAGCCUUGGUUUUGUAUCUAAAGAUAUUUAGUGGUGAACUUGCAGGUCAAGAUUCUGAUGAACUGAAACAAAAGAUGCAAUCCAUUUUUGAUAAGGCUAAAAAGCAGCGUUUUGAAGUGACACUCGCCACAUUACCGGAAGAGCAGAGCAAUUCAGCUACACCUGCUCCAGCUACUCAAAACUCAAAUGCUGGUAAGAAGGUAGCUGUUGAUCCAAACACCAACCAAGAAUCCGCCCCAUUAUCUCCAGCAAGCUAUAACUCCCAACAAUAUGCCACUACAAUGACUAGUGCUCCAACAACAGCUGAUAUUGAUGAAAAGAAGUUCAUAGCAAGGAUCCCAUUCAAUUUCAAUGAAUUUAAAGUGAUCCAAGAUAGACAAUCUUGCAUGACAAAAGUUAUUAAAAUAACUAGAAAAGGACUUCAACAGUAUUUCAUUAAACCUGGAAGUUUCCUUGAACCGAGGGGUCACGAUGAUACUGAUUAUAAUGUUGUAUUAAAGCUCUAUAGUUUUAAUCAUUUAGAAAAUUAUUUUUGGAAUUUUUUUGAUAACUAUAUGAAGAAAACUUUUGAUGAGUUUGUUGAAGAUACCAUCGAACAAUAUGAGACUGAAGUGGGAAUAAAUAAAAUUAUUAAGGAUUUUAAUGACACUGUUGAUGAUCCAUCCAAAAUGAUAAAUUCACCAAGAAUGCUAGCUUUUGGGCGAAUGACCUCUGCCAGGGUGCUGACACCCUUUGAUGGAUACUUCAUUGCUUUCGAUGAGGUGAAAACUGGUAAUAAUAAAUUUAAUGGAAAGCAUAUGGAAGGGUUAAUUGAUGAAGUACAAAAGCUUCAUAUGGUCAAUAUCGCUCAUGGCGAUCUCGCAACCAGAAAUAUUUUGGUUGAUGAGUACAAUAAAGUCCACCUAAUUGACUACAACUGUGCUUUUAAAAUUCCAGAAAAUGAUCAAUCAAGACGUCGUUAUGGCCUUGACUUGGAUAAUGAAAAGCUUGCUCAGAUUGAAAGUAAAAUCAAAAGUAAUAUUAUAUAG